AUGCCUCACAAGCACAAGAGGCGCGAGCGGGACGAUACCCAAUUCGACCUUCCGCCGUCCGUGAUCGCAAAGCCUCUUCCCGUGCGUGAGCAGCAGCCCAAGCCCAACACCGGCAAGAAACAACCGCAAGAUGAUGGCAAGAAGGCAGCGGCUCCAGCAGCUAGCCGCCGCAAGGGCGCCAAAGAAGAUGACACCCCGCGAGCCUUCCGACACUUGAUGCAAUACCAGACCACUGGUCGCCGGGCGCCCUCGGGACUCGAGACAGGCGAGAAGAAAUCUAAUAACAAAAAGCGGAAGCGCGAGAACGCAGAUUCCAAGAAUGAGUUGAACAAGAGACCGACAAAGCCCGCAAAGACGCUCUCUGAGCAAAAUGAGUCAAGUGGCAAGGACGCGAAACAGGCGCUGCCGAAAAUCUUGCCUGGCGAGAAGCUGUCCGAUUUUGCCGCGCGUGUUGACCGUGCUCUCCCGCUUUCUGCGAUGACCAAGUCAUCGACAAAGCCCGGUUCAUCUAAGGAGCGCGAUCACAAGAUGACCAAGCACGAAAAGCAUCUACGACGAUUGCAGGCCGGUUGGCGUGAGGAGGAGGCAAAAAUCCGAGAGAAGGAACAGGAGGAGCGGGAAGAGCGAGAGGAAGAAAUGGAAGAGCAAUUGGAACUGCUGAGGCAGUGGGACUUGGAGAGACGAGGUGGCAAAGCUAAGAAGAAAGGAGCGGUGCCUAAGAAAAAGAGGUCUGGUAACAUUGGGGAUGUCGACGAUGACCCUGACCCUUGGGCCAAGCUGAAGAAGCGAGACAAGGAAAGCCAGGCCAAUCCCUUCGAUGUUGCUCGGGAGCCGCCGCAGUUGAAAAAGCCCCGCGAAAUUUUCAAGGUGCGUGGUGGUGCGAAGGUUGACGUUGCCAACGUUCCCAACGCCGUUGGUAGUUUGCGACGAAGAGAGGAAUUGGCUAGUGAGCGAAGGAAUAUUGUGGAGGAAUAUCGGCGACUGAUGGCCGCCAAGCGGCAGUGA